AUGGGGGACUGGAACUUGUUGGGCAGCAUCCUUGAAGAAGUGCACAUCCACUCCACCAUAGUUGGCAAAAUCUGGCUCACAAUCCUGUUCAUAUUCCGGAUGCUGGUGCUGGGAGUGGCUGCUGAAGAUGUCUGGGAUGAUGAGCAGUCCGAGUUCAUCUGCAACACGGAGCAACCUGGCUGCAACAAUAUCUGCUACGACAAAGCCUUCCCCAUCUCUUUGAUCAGAUACUGGGUAUUGCAGAUCAUAUUUGUCUCCUCCCCUUCCUUAGUGUACAUGGGCCACGCACUCUACAGGUUAAGGGCCCUGGAGAAAGAGCGGCAGAACAGGAAAGCCCACCUGCGGGCUCAGCUCGAGGACCUGGAGCCCAUGCUCGAGGAACACAGGAGGGUGGAGAGAGAACUGCGUAAGCUGGAGGAACAGAAGAAAGUGAAUAAGGCACCCUUGAGAGGGUCCCUGCUGCGCACCUAUGUCCUACAUAUCCUGACCCGGUCGGUGGUCGAGGUGGGCUUUAUGAUAGGUCAGUAUCUUUUAUACGGGUUUCACAUGUCUCCCCUUUACAAAUGCACUCGGCCCCCCUGCCCUAACACGGUGGAUUGUUUUGUGUCCCGACCCACAGAGAAAACCAUUUUUAUGGUUUUCAUGAACAGCAUCGCCGCCGUCUCCCUCUUCCUCAACAUCCUCGAAAUCGCCCACCUGGGCAUCAAGAAGAUCCGGAAGAGCCUGUGCGGGCAGCCGCUGUGGCCGGCGGGCCCUUCCGAGGAGGAUCCCAGCGCGUACAACUCCAAGAAGAGCUCGGUGGUGCCCCCGCCGCCCUGCCUGGCCAGCAACGCGGCCCCGCCGCGCCCCGCGCCCGCGCCGCUCCCGCCGCCCGCGCCCGCCGCCCCCGCGCCGCCCCCGGCCCGGCAGCACCGCGGGCAGCUCCGGGCCACGCCGCCGCCGCGCCGCCGGCACCACGGACAGCACCAGCCGCCCUCGUCCAGCAGCGAGGAGGCGCCGCGGGCCGCCCCGGCGGGCGGAGGGGCAGGAGCGGCGGGGGCGGCCGCAGCCGCUCGCCGGGCGCCCCGCAGGCAGAGCCGGGUGAGCGCCUGCCGCGACCUGGAUGAGGAGCGCGGCGACUCCCCGGACAGCGGGCACUGCCCCGGCACCCGCAAGUCCAGCUUCCUGUCCCGCGUGCUCACCGGGAGCCGGGCGGGCAGCGACAGCGAGAGCACCGCCUCCCGCCGCGGCUCCGGCCCCGGCCCCGGCCCCGGCCCCGGCCCCGGCUCCGGCUCCGGCUCCGGCUCGGAGGGGCAGCGCCGCGAGGAGGGCGCGCCCAGCCCGCCGGCCGCCGCCUCGGGACGCCGCCUGUCCAUGGCAAGUAGCGCCCGGGACAGCCCGCGGGAGGGGGGCGGCGGGGGGCCGCGGCAGCCCGGGCCGACCCUGGGGAGGAGGGGGCGAGCCGGGGGAAAGAACGGCUCGGGCAGGACUUCCAGCACAGCCCCAGCCCCUCGCGGCCCCCCGGACAAAGCCAAGCUCCCAAACGCUCGGCCCCCUUCUGCCGUGACAGCAGGAAUACCAGGGAAUUGCUGA